AUGUUCGCGCCGAUCGCGCGCGCGCGCAGUGCGUUUUCUCGACGCAACGGCACGCCGCGACAGGGCGGCGCGCUCGUGCCUCGGGCGCGGUGCGAGGUAAAGAUGGAGGCGCGCCUGCCGCGACACCUGCUGGAAGGCUUGGACGAGUACACGCACUGCUGGGUGAUUUACGUGUUCCACGCGAACACGAAUUUAGCGGGGACGAAGACGGGGGGUGCGGCGAAGGGAAAGGUGGCGGUGCCUCGAUUGGACGGAAAGCGCGUCGGGGCGCUGGCGACGAGGACGCCGCACAGGCCGAUUCCAGUCGGGCUGUCCGUCGGGACGGUGGAGAGCGUCGACGCCGAGCGAGGAGUGGUAGUGAUAGGAGGGAUUGAUUUAGUAGAUGGAACGCCGAUUUUGGAUAUAAAGCCGUAUGUGCCGUUUUGUGACUCGAUCGCGAGCGCGAAGGCGCCGGAUUGGGUCGGGAAGGAAGCGGUCGGGAAGGAUGAACCGUUGAAAAUUAUUCGAGUCGACGUCGCGGAACGCGCCGAGGCGCCGUUGGCGAGUUCAUACGCUCGAAGCGCGGCGGCGAAGACGCUGUAUCCCGAUGUCAGCGCGUUUGUUGAAUUCUGCAAAGAAGUGUUGACGUACGACAUUCGUUCCAUUCGCGAACGCAACGCAGACGUGGACAAGCGAAAGUUUGACACGUACAGGGUGAUUUUGUGCGACGUGGAGAUCGAGUACACCAUUAGCGAGGAACGCAAAGUCGAAAUUACUGGCGCCAAAGCGGUCCCUAGAGAGAUUUUUGAUGAUUGGGAGCGCGCGAAAGUCGAGCAGCAGGCUCGUGAGGCGUUGGGAGAGCAUCCAAAGCCGAAGCAUUAG